AUGGAGCAGCGCAUCAACAUCCUCCAAAAGGAAAACGAAGCGUUGCACUCUCAAGUCAGGUACACCGCCUCCAUCGCCACCGGAUCCAGGUUCCAGUACCGGCGAGACACCUCCGGGUUAAACCGCCGCUUGGAUCUUGACGCCGCUCCAGAUCACCCCCUCCAUGUACCCUUUGGCGAACCUGGGGGUCCUGUUCUCCAGCAGAUCCGCGAAUUCGAUCCAUUACCGAAUCAACCCCGCUCUAACCCGAGUUGGCUUCCCCCGCCUCCAACUCAACCAUCUUUUGCAGGUACAUCGACAACAGUUGUCACCACGACGGCUGCCCGGGUAACCCCACCUCAGGUCGGCAUAACGACAUCCACCAUGGUGACGGCCCCCGCCUCCGUUCCGGUGUCUCGUCCGUUGCCUCCCCCAAUGGUGACCAUGUCAAUACCUCUACCUGUUACGCUUCCGGCGCAAGGAUCAACGCCAGCGAUUCAAAUGCCAUGGGAUCAACUCUUCUCUCAGCAAGUCGUCCAACCUGUUGUCAACCUGGUCACUUCGGCGCCAGGAGCACCUCCCCAGUUGAUGACGGUUCCUUUAGCUAGCCAGGCACCGCAAGCAGCGUUUCCCAAUGCUCAAAUGCGCCCCGACUCCUCUCGAAACUACUCUCCAUAUACUCCUCUUAACAGGUACCCACGCUACACAAGGAACGCCCCCUUACAUGCAACAAGUGGUGCCGCAGUUCACUCCCCACCAACCUCAUGGCGUAUACCCACAGAGUACCUAUUAUCCACAUCUCCAAGCCAGCCUUCCCGAAACAUUUAG